AUGCACGAAUUGGUCAUCCUCUCUACACGUUCCGAGGACGACUCACGACCCACCGAGUCCUCCAACAUGCAAUAUUCGCUAUUGCAAAAUGACACGAUAGUGCACCUGAGGCGGCAGGUGACGCUCAGGGCCACUAUCGCCGGUCUGGCCAUCGGAUCAAUGAUUCUUUUCAGCAAUUUUCAGUUUGGACUUCAGACAGGCUGGGUCUCCAUGAUGAGCUUACCUUCAGCUCUGAUUUCAUACGCCGUGUUCCGAGCGUUUCCGGGACUCACCAAGGAGUUCCCCUUCACUCGUGAGGAGAAUGUUUACGCCCAGAGCGUGGCUGUGGCAGUGGGCACAGGACCUCUUGCCUUUGGACUGGUGGGCAUUGUUCCUGCUAUUGAGAAGCUUCUGACGCCCGAGGAAAACAGUGGCGAGCCAAUUUUCAUGCACAUUGGCCAGCUCAUUCUGUGGUCACUAUCGCUAUCGCUCUUUGGAGUAUUUUUUGCCGUUCUGUUACGUCGACAAGUCAUUGUUAGAGAGCAGCUCAAGUUCCCAUCGGGGUCCGCUACCGCCACUAUGAUUAGUGUUUUGCAUGAGCGAGAGAAAGUCAAAGCCAUUGUGGAGGCUGACAUUGAGGAGGAGGAGGAGGAGGAGAACCAAGAUAAUAGAGAGAAUGACAAUCAAGAUCAGGAACAGGAACAGGAACAGGAACAGGAACAGGAACAGAGUCAAGAUCCAGACCAGAACAGACAUGUGGACCAAGAGGAAGACGCCGUCAGUCCAAGCUCUUAUCCCAGCUACGCACGCCAGGUGAAGAUUCUCAAAAUCUCGUUUGCAAUCAGUGCCACAUGUACUCUAAUCCAGCAUUUUCUACCGAUUCUUAGGAAUCUGCCCGUGUUUGGAAAUUGGCUGGCUAAAAACUACCUCUGGACAUUCAACCCAAGCCCCGGAUACAUUGGCCAGGGCUUCAUUAUGGGUCUGCAUACCACUUCGAGUAUGCUGCUGGGCUGUAUUUUAGGAUGGGGUAUUCUAGCUCCUUACUCACAAUACAAGGGAUGGGCCCCGGGACCAAUUGACGACUGGAAAACCGGAGGUCAGGGCUGGAUUCUUUGGAUUUCGCUGGCGCUGAUGGUCGGUGACAGUGUAGUAUCUCUGUUGGUGUUAACAUACAAACAGGUGUGGCACUACUUUCAUGCCUUCCAAGAUACAGAGUCGGCUUAUACUUCCACCGAGGCCGAUGAUGUUGAACAUGAGCAUCCCGAAUACGACCUGAGCUCGAGGUUUGCAGGAAUCGGCAUCCUUUUAUCUUCUGUGCUUUGUCUAGUUGGUAUCAAGAUUGUUUUUCCCCAGAUCCAUCUCAUUCAAAUCAUUGUGUCUGUCUUCAUUGCUCUGCUGCUCUCUGUGCUCGGUGUUCGUGCUCUAGGAGAAACCGAUCUCAACCCCGUUUCAGGAAUCGGAAAAAUCUCCCAGAUCUUCCUCUCGCUCAUUCCUAAUUCGACUAUUCUGUCCAAUCUUGUAGCAGGAGCUAUUGCUGAGGCUGGAGCUCAGCAGGCAGGAGACCUCAUGCAGGACCUCAAAACGGGCCAUCUGAUUGGAGCGUACCCCAAGUCUCAAUUCAUUGCUCAGAUCACAGGAUCGCUGUUCUCGGUGUUCUUGUCAGGUCUCGUCUACAGACUCUACAUGUCGGUCUACGAGAUUCCCGGCUCACUGUUCAGAAUCCCUACAGCCAUCAUUUGGGUCGACUGUGCCCGAUUGGUUAUGGGAGGAGGCUUGCCAGAAAAGGUGGGCACCUUCACUGCCGUCUUUGGAGUGAUUGGUUCUGCUCUAGCCAUUCUACGAGACCACGUUUCUCUGCUUCCAUCGGGUGUAGCUAUCGGUGUGGGUCUAUAUAACGUCCCCUCAUUCACUCUGGCCCGAUUUUUGGGUGGAGUCAUCGCCUACUUUUACCAGAGACGACACCCCGAAGCUCAUAUUGACAUUAUUGUCUGUUCUUCUGGCCUCAUUUUGGGUGAAGGUAUCAUGAGUAUCGUCACGAUGUUACUGACCGCUCUCACCGAGGAACACAAUCACGGUUGA